CCACGCACGCGUGUAGAUUUCCGACGGGCGUCCUUUUGAAGUAUGGAAUUUAAAAUUUGCCUCAAAGUAUAAACAUCAUGGCUAGCAGAUGGCGAACGUGGGACUUGAAUUGUCUUGAAGAAACUUUAGGUGGCCGUCCCAGAGAGGAGGAUGUUGAACCACUUAUUCUAGCUGGAAGUUUGAAAGAAAUACCAUAUAUCGACUUAAGUUCGAUUAUUUUACCUAAAGAAGCGCUGUCGUGCGAUGAUGGCAGUCUUAGGUCAAGAGGUCGAGGAAGGUCAUUGGCCAAUAGAGCGCUUGCCUUAGAUAAGCCGAGCCGACGUCCUGGGGAAAGGGGUUCCUCUGAUAAGGCUCAAUUUAAUGCGGGAAGAGCAAGAUCUCUAGGAAGUCCGAUAUCAAGCCUUGGGUCAAAAUUUCUAGGCUCAGAAGAACUUUAUGAAGAUCUGUUUCCAUCCUUGGGAGAGUCAACAGACAACGCUGAAACAAAUUCUUCUUGUUCUUCAAGAGUUUCCAAAUGGGGCAAUAAACCUGAGAAGGCGAGACAAAGUAGUCAGGAACUGAGAAACGAUGCUGAAAGGACAACAAGUAUUGAAAGACCAUUUUUUGAAGAGCCUGAAGAGAAAUUUAAGUCAAUUGAAACUGGUGAUUUUGAUAAAAGCAGAUAUGAUAAGAAUUCAGCAAAUACUGCAGACAUUUCUAAUAAUGUAUAUAAACCAGAAACUUCAAGAUCAUUUUCCAUGAUUUCUAAACACUCCACAUCAGUUCAAGAGAUCCUUCCUAACAAUGAUACAAAAGUUCCAGACACACCACUUAGUUUAAAUAGUCAAAAAUCAGACUGUCAAAUAUUCAAUGCAAUUAUGCCAGCACCUGGUGGGAAGGAUGUUACACUUUGUGAUGAUCAACAGCCUAAUGACAGUGAUGUUAACACUGAUGAUCAACCCUUAGAUAAAUUUAAAGGAGAAGACGUCAUAAAUUUAGAUGGAAAGAUUGAAAGCAAAAACCACUUGUUUCCUCAAAGCAGUAAUGCCAAUGUUGAAGUUUUAGGUCAGCUAAUAUGUGAUAAAUUAAAACCUGACAACAACCUGAUAAUGGAAAAAUGUUGGAAUGACAAUCAACCAUUUCAGGAAAACAAUGACGAUAAUGAAAUUUGUGAGCAGUUAUUUACAAGGCCUGAUGAGAAAACAGUUUGCUAUGAGGAGACAAAAGAAGUUGGGAUUUCACAACUUGAUGAAAGUAAAAAUACAGAGAAGAAUGCAGAUGCAGGAUUUAAUAAACAGCAUUCCACUGACUUAUCACCAGUGGGAAAUGAUGAGAUUAUAAUUUUGUCAGAUGCAAAAGACGAAGUUGAAAAGCAUCAAGAACAGAAUGAUUUGAACAAUGAUAAUUCAGUUGCAUCUCUGGACAUGUCAACAAAUGAAUUGGAGAUGGACCCAUGUAAUAUUUUACUUGAAAAUCUGCCAUUGGCAAUAACAGAGGAGGAGCUUGAAGAGAUAGUUGAACCAUAUGGGGAAAUGGUAUCUUAUAAAUUCAAAGAUGAUGAGAAAAGCAAAAUGUGUAAUAUAAGAAUGCCUUGUUCAUCGAGUGGUGAAUUGUUAGUAGUUUCCCUAGAUGGAUUGGAAAUAAAUGGGUAUCGCAUUAAAGCAACGAUGAAAACCGAAGCAUGAAAUAUUGGACAGAAACUUAAACACUUAACAAAUUAGUAUCACAAAAUAGGA